AGUCAAUUCCCCUGAGCAUCAUGAGCUUGAGUGUCCUUCGUUCGACCGCGUCGCGUCGUGCGCUCUCGUCGGCGCGCCACGCGUCCAGCCUCGCGGAAGAGCUCCCGUACCUGCCCGCGCUCCAUGCGUCGCCCCUCGCCAGCGAGAUCGCGGUCGGUGCCACCGGCAAGGGCCUCGGCGUUGCCUCGGCGUCGCCGGCGCACUGCACGGUCGCGACGCUUGGCGUGACGUUCAACACGGGCGCGCGCUUCGAGUCGGACAAGAACGCCGGUAUCUCGCUCCUCGCGAGCAAGAUGGCGUUCCGCUCGACGGACGCUCGCUCGGACCUCGCGUUGUUCCGCGACAUUGAGGCCAUUGGCGGUAGCAUCUCGAGCUCGGUCGGCCGUGACUACGUCAACCUGUCGAUCUCGGUGACGCCCGAGCACAUUGACGAGGCCGCCGCGAUCCUCGCGGAAUCCGUCUUGGCGGCGCGCUGCGCCGAGUGGGAUGUCUCGACGCAGAAGGCGAAGGCUGAAGUCGACAUUGAGCUCCUCCGCUCGAACGCCGCCGACCUCUUGUCGGAGGGCAUCCACGCCGCCGCGUUCUACGACAACCGCACGUUGGGCCGCACCGUCUUCUCGAAGAACGUCUCGGCGCUCAAGGCCAAGGACGUCCGCGCCUUUUACGACGCCAACGUGAACGCUGCCAACAUGGUCCUUGUCGGCCGUGGCAUCAACCAGUCGGCGUUGAACGACAUUGCCAACACGCACUUUUCGGGUGUCGUCGCUGGGGACCGCACGAAGCCCGCCGCCGCCCACUACGUCGGCGGUGAGCACCGCGUCGCCGCUGCGUCGCCCGUCUCGUACGUCGCCCUCGGUUUCUCGGCCGGUGCCCUCAACGCGCAGGAGAAGAGCGCUGCCCACGUCUUGGAGCACGUCCUCAAGAGCCGCAUUGCCGGUGCCUCGUCGGCGUUCCGCGCCGUCUACGCCGAUGCGUCGUUGCUCGGCUUGAGCGGUGUCGCCCGCCCGGACGACGCGUCGGCCCUCGUUGCUUCGUUCCUGAAGGAGUUCCAGGCGGUUGCCUCGAGCCCGCUCUCGGCCGCCGAGUUGGAAGCUGCCAAGAAGUCGUCGGGUCUCUGCUACAGCAGCUUUGUCGACACGAAGAACGGCGCGUUGACGCAGUUGGCGCGCUCGGCCUUUGCCCAGUCGGCCAUCACGGAAGCCUCGACGCACGCUGCGUUGCACGCCGUCUCGGUCAAGGAUGUCCAGACGUUGGCCGAAAAGUUGGUCGCCUCGAAGCCGUCGUUGGCGUCGGUCGGUGACCUCACGAACGUGCCCCGUUAUGAUGACAUUUUGAAGAAGCUUUAAGCAAGCAUAGAAAUAUUGUGUGGAGAGACCGACGUGUGAUGUGCCACGUCGUUUAGAGAUGUCUACCUUGCAAAAUGUUCUCUACCUCCA